AUGGCAUCUCCUCAGAUCGAUCCAGCACUUGACAGUCACCUGAAGGAGCUUUACGCCUCCUACCGUCAUACCGAGGAUAUCGACGCCAAGGGAGCCUUCUUUUCUUCGUCAUGCUACCAGAUAUGUCGACCUAAUCCCUCGUUUGCUGCCCGCGACAGGGAGACCAUCGUGCGCUACCUUCACGAGACGGCUCCCAAUAAAAGCUCUCUCGCAGAAGAAAACACAGGGGCACUCAAGUCCAAAGGCUACUAUACCAUACGGCCAUUGACAAACACCGAAUUUGAGUUCGGCACUGAUGAGCAUGUCAGCCCCGCUGGCUUUGCUUCGGCCGAGGACGUCGAGGCAAAGGCUAGAUCGGAGGGCUGGGUCGGGAUGAGAGUCGACUUGUGGGAUGAGCCCGUUGUUGCCGUCGACAGGGACGAUUCACUCAUGGUAAAAGUGCAGUACUGGUGGAGAAAAGAAGAGGAUGGGUAG